AUGGCAACAUGUGAAAUGUGUCGCCUUAGGUUCGCUGGAAAACUGACCCCUAUUCCCGAUACUUUAGGCGACAGUUUUAAAUACACCAUUCCCGCUAAUGGGUUGCAAGCUAUCUCUCAAAACAUUUCAAAUUUAACCUCUCUUAAAUGUUACUCCGUUGAUUUUCUCAAUAAUAACACUAACAUGUUCCACAUCGCCCAUUGUUUCCCCAAUCUGCAGAUGCUUGAUUUGAGCUGUUGCUUUAACGUACCUGCAGAAGGUAUUGGUCAUGUUUUAAACACAUGUUGUAACAUUAGACAUUUGAACUUAAAGCUCUGUUGUGGUGUCAAACUACAUGGAAUGAACUUUAAAGCUCCCAAGCUUGAGGUGUUGAAUUUGUCAUAUACAAGAGUUGAUGAUGAAACACUCUAUAUGAUCUCAAAGAGUUGUCGUCAAAUUUUGCAACUAUACCUUCGACAUUGUUAUUGUGUCACAGAAAAAGGAGUAAAACAUGUCGUAGAAAACUGCACACAACUUAGAGAGGUAGAUUUAAGGGAUUGUAUUGGUGUGCAUGCUCAUGUCGUUGAAUCAAUGGUAUCUUCAAGGCCAUCAUUGAGAAAGAUAAUAGCUCCACCUGGUUUUCGUUUCAAUGAAAGAAAUAAGAAAUUAUUCUUGCAUCAUGGAUGUCUUGUUUACUUCUAA